AUGGCGGACGAGGGGGCCGUAACGGUCUGCGUGCGCGUACGGCCGCUCAUCGCCAGAGAAAAUGCCCUUGAAGAUAAAUUGUCACUCUACUGGAAAAGUGAAAAUAAUACUAUUGCAGAAGUGAAUGGUACAAAAGUCUUUAAUUAUGAUCGUGUCUUUCACUCAAGUGACAACACUCAACAGCUUUAUGAAGGUGUGGCUGUACCAAUUAUACAGUCAGCAGUGCAGGGAUAUAAUGGCACAAUUUUUGCCUAUGGACAGACUGCCUCAGGGAAGACAUAUACAAUGAUGGGAAAUGAUGAUUCUGUGGGCAUUAUCCCUAAGGCAAUUCAGCAUGUUUUCAAACUUAUUUUUGAGAUUCCAGACAGGGAAUUUUUGCUGAGAGUUUCUUACAUGGAAAUCUACAAUGAAACCAUUACAGAUCUGCUUUGUGAUAUCAGGAAAAAGAAACCUCUAGGAAUUCGUGAGGAUGUUAAUAGGAAUACAUAUGUAGAAGAUCUGAUUGAAGAGGUGGUAGUUGCCCCGGAGCAAGUUAUGGAAUGGAUCAGAAAAGGAGAAAAGAACCGACAUUAUGGAGAAACAAAAAUGAAUGAACACAGCAGCCGUUCUCACACUAUCUUCAGAAUGAUCAUCGAAAGCAGAGAAAGAAGUGACCCUACAAAUGCAAACUGUGACGGAGCAGUAAUGGUAUCUCAUUUGAACUUGGUAGAUCUGGCAGGGAGUGAAAGAGCUAGUCAAACAGGAUCUGAAGGUCUCCGACUGAAAGAAGGCUGCAAUAUAAACCGAAGCUUGUUCAUUCUGGGUCAAGUAAUCAAAAAACUUUGUGAUGACCCUUCUGGUUUCAUAAAUUACAGAGACAGCAAGCUGACUCGAAUUCUGCAGAACUCCCUGGGAGGAAAUGCUAAGACAGUUAUUAUUUGUACAAUUACUCCCGUUUCUUUUGAUGAAACACUCAGUACACUUCAGUUUGCCAAUACAGCCAAAAGAAUGAAAAAUACUCCAAAAGUCAAUGAAGUACUUGAUGAUGAUGCCCUCUUGAAGAGAUAUCGCAAAGAAAUUCUGGAUUUGAAAAAGCAGCUGGAGGAAGUUUCUUCAAAGACUCAAAUUCAUGCAAUGGAAAAAGAUCAAUUAGCACAGCUGUUGGAAGAAAAAAAUUCUCUUCAGAAAGUACAGGAGGAUAGAAUACGAAACUUAACUGAAAUGCUAGUGACUUCUGCCUCAUUUUCAUCAAAGCAGAAUGCUAAAGCCAAAAGAAGAAGAAGAGUUACCUGGGCUCCUGGUAAAAUAAACCAGGAGAAUGUGAGCUGUUUUGAAGACUUUGAAAAACUAAGGCCAACUGAAACAAAAAAAAUGAAAAUGUCUCUGUCAGCAUUACCAGACAUGGAGGACUCUAUGUUUUCAGAGAAUUUUGAACAUGACAACCAGUGUCUAACUGUUCCUGAUCAAAUUUCUGAGGUAGAAUGGACUGCUGGAACCAACCAGAAUUGGACUCAGAGAGACUUUGAAGAAUCUGUACAGCUCUGUGAAACAUUAGCGCUGGAAAAGGAUAUUGCUGUAAAUGAGGUGAAUGUCCUCCAAACUAACUUUAAUAAGCUAGUGUUGGAAAAUGAACAACUGAAAUCAGAAGUAGAAGAACUGAAGGAAAAACUGAAGGAAAAGAUAGAAAUGGAUGAAUUUGAAGCACUGGAAAAACAAACGCAAAAAGAUCAUGAGAUACAACUAAUGCAUGAAAUCACCAACUUAAAGAAUAUAGUUUCAAAUGCUGAAGUGUACAAUGAGGAACUUGAGGCAGAAAUAAAAUCUAAAUUGGAACAGCUGAAAGAGAAAGAGGACAAAAUAAAGAUGUUACAGGAUCAUGUGGAAGAACUACAGAAAGCAGGAGUGGAAAAAAGGAAUGCAUCUCUUUCAGUGGGAGCAUCUGAUAAACUAAUUGAGGAAAUUCAACAGCUGAAUAAAUCACUCUUUGAUAGUGAAGCUAUAGCCUUAGAUGCAAAGAAGGAAUCUGCCUUUCUCAGAACUGAAAAUCUGGAGCUGAAAGAGAAGAUGAAUGAACUCCUAGAUACUCAUAAGCAAAUGCAAAAGGAUGUUCAACUCUAUCAAAGGCAAAUAGAAGCAGGAAAAGCAAGUUACAAAAAAAUGCAAGCUGACUUGCAGAAAGAGUUGCAGUCUGUCUUUCAAGAAAACACAAGGCUGACUUCACUGAUGGAGGGUAAAGUUCCAAAAGAUUUGUUCUCUCUUGUGGAGCUGGAAAGAAAAACAGAUGAUUUAAAAACAGAACUAGAAAAAGUACUGGAAGAGAACACACAUCUACAAAAACAAGUAAAUGAGUUGUCAGAAUUGCAAUCUCUGUCAAAUACAGUUGAGUUACAGCAAAAAGAGAUUCUGGAAAAAUCUGAGGAGCUCUGCUUAUUAAAAUUAGAAAGAGAAAAACUACUUUCUGAAGUAGCUGAUAAGGAAGUUAAAUUCAAAUAUAUGACUGAAGAAAUUGAAAGAUCAAAAGAAGAUCUAGCAGGUGCACAACUCAAGUAUGUAAAAUCUGAUCAGGAGUAUGUAGCACUUAAACAGCUCCAUGAAGAUCUAGAGCAAAAACAUAUAGCUGCAUCAGAAGACAAUGAACAAAUGAAGUUUCAAAUAGAAAUUCUAGCUAAGGAAGCACAGAAGUGUAAAACAGCUUUGGAUGAAGUGAAAUUAGAGCUUUCCAGCAAAAUGAAAGAAUUGGAAGAAAUGACAGCAGAGCACAUGCAGCUUCUUGGAGUAAGAGAAGAUCUUAUUCAGACUCAGCAGAGGUUAAAUGAAAUGGAGCAAUUAAAAGAGCAAGAAAAGAUUACAGAGUCUAGAUUGGAAGACAAGGAUUCAGAGAUUCAGGCAGUUCUUCAGCAGCUGAGUGGAUGUCAGGAAGAAAUAAAGAGCCUCACCCAGGAGAAGAAUUACCUAAAACAAAAAGAAGAGAUUCUCCAAGCUGAGACAGACCAACUCAGAGAAGAUAUCAAGGAGACUGUUUCAAUGAAUAUUCUAGCACAUGAAGAACUAAGAAAUACACAGAGUUCUCUCAAGCAAUCCCAGGACAUAAUUAAGAAGCUAGAGAGAAGUAUUUCUGAAAAAGAAUCUCAGUUUCUGAAUAUUGAAGAGGCACUAGGAAAAACUAUUAAUGAACUUGAAAUACAGUUAUCACAGAAGACUGAAGAAAUAAAAACCCUCACAUUGGAGAGAGACCAGCUUGCUGAAGGAAAAUCUGAAAAUUCUAAAAACCACGAGGAAAAUGAUCAGCUUCAGGUUCUAAAGGAACAAAUCUUUUUCCUUACCCAAGAAAACAAUUCAUUGCAGAAUAAACUUGACAGCUUACGUAUGAAAAAGGAAGAGUACGAGGACGGCACUUUGGUAAUUAUUCUUCAAGAAAAAAGCAUUCAGCAAGAAGUACUUGGCUUGAAAGAAGAGCUGAGCCAGGCACAAAGGAAGUUGCGUGAAAUGGAGGAAAUGAAGACCAGUGAAUCCACAGAGGAACCUGAGAAGAUGGGGAGAAUAGACUUUACUCCAAAACUGUGUGACUGUCAGGACAUGAGCACUGUAACAGGAGGAGAUGAUGAUCUCAAAAUACAACUGAAGAAUCUGCAAAAUGAGAGAGAUCAGCUCAGGGAAACCAUACAGGAGAUAAAUAGCACGAAUUCAGAGAUGCAGGAGAAGUUGAGAUGUGCUCAUAACUCUCUCAAGCAACAUCAAGAGACUAUUGCAGAGCUAAAAGGAAGUAUUUCAGAGAAAGAAAGUCAACUCCUGACAGUGCAAGAGGCAUUGAGGAAAACAACUGAUGAACUGAAACAACAGUUCACAGAAGUAACUGAAAACCUGGCUCGUGUUUCUUCUGAAUAUAGCAAGCUACUGGCAGAAAAAGAGCAAACUGAACAAACAAUGAAUGACCGUAUUUGUCAGCAGCUUGACAAAAUCACUUUGCUUAAUCAAGAAAGAAAUGAGCUUCAGCAAAUGGUAGAGUGCUUUAAAGUAGAAAGAGAUGAGUUAGAGGCCAACUUUCACGAAAGCAAAGAGAAAACCAUACAAACUCUGACAGAACUGGAAAAUCUGCAGGAAGAACUAAAGCAUCAGAAAGAGCAAACAGAUUUCCAGAAAAACAUGCUAGCAGAAAGGGAGGAGAAAUUGCAAAAUACUGAAGAAAAACUGACUAAAGAAAUAGAUGAGUUGAAAGAAAAGAUAGACAAGCUGAAUCAAGAAUUAAACUCCAUAACAAAGGAAAGAGAGCAGCUGCUGGAUGAAAUGAAAGAAAAGACUGAGAGUGAAAGCAGUAAAUUUCAAGAGGUGGAGAAGCAGAAUAAUAUGUUAGCACAGGAGAGAAACCAGCUCCAGAAGAUGCUGGAAGGUAUCCAGGCAGAGAAAGACAAGCUGGAGGUCAAACUAUAUGAGAGUAUUGAGAAGGUCCUUGAAAGAGAAAAGGAAUUAAAACAAAAACAAGAGCUCUUCAACAAUGAGAAGAGUAAAGCUGAAGAAAGAGAAGAACAAUUGUUAAAGGUUCAGAGGCGAUCAGAAAUCCUAGAGGACAGCCUAACAAACAAGAUCCACCAGUUAACUGAGACACUGAAUAGUGUAUCAUGUGAAAAAGACCAGUUAUUGGCUGAAAGAACUAGUCAUGCUUUACAACUUCAAGAACAGAUCUCAUCAAUUAAUCAAGAAAAAGAUGAACUACAGAAACUUCUCCAGGAUGUCAGCUCUGAGCGGGACCAGCUCAAGAUAGAAUUGCAAAAAAAUUCUGAGAUGUGCAUUGAAACAAAUGCCAAACUGGAAUGUGCUCUGGACCAACUGCAACAGAAAAACCUGAAUGACCUAUCAGUUCAAGUGAACACACUUGAUAAUGCAGAACAGAUGUAUGACGACAGCCUGAAGGAAAAAAACUUAAAAAUUAAGGAGCUUCUUGAGAAAUUUCCAAACAUGGGGAAGAGAUAUGAAUGUCUCUCUACAGUGUCUCUUAAUCUAAAGAAUGAACUGAAUAGUCAGAAAGCACUGAUAGCUGUGAUACUGACUCGGCUUUCAUUGGAGCAGACUAAACAAGUCAAAAGGCUUCAAACUGAAAAUGAGAAAAUAAACGGUCAUCUACAGAGUUUACUGAACAAACUGAAGUUUCUUUUCAGUCGCGUUUGCUGUAAGAAGGGAGACUAUCAUACUAUUGUUAACAAGUAUGAUAUGGAAUUGCUUGAGGAGAAGAGAAGACAAGAUCAGCUACAGACUCAAAUUCAAUGUCUUAAGUCUUGUUUGAACCAGAGAGAAAUACCUUCUCAAGACUCGAACAUCUAUGAAUUGCCACAGAAUUUGCACUUGAAUGCAGAGAACAUUCUGAAAGAUGUAUCAGAAAUGGAAAGCGAACUUCUCAGCAUAGAGGCAGAGUUAAAGCAUGAAGAAAGUACUAGAAAAGAAACAAUGCGGUUCUGGGAAGCUUGUUCAGGAACUCACUGUGAUGCAGAAGAACUUAAAGAUGGGUUAAAAAAAGACAAUGAAAGGCUUCUACAAGUCAUUAAUUUCUGGACUCCUAAAGUAAAGGUACUCCUUCAGCUUUCUUCAGAACUGGAUGCCAAAACUGCUGAUUAUUGUAGAAGAGCUGAUGCUGAACAGAAACUAAGAAAAGAGAAAACUGAGGAGUUGCUUCAGGAGCUGAACAAUAUUAAAGAACAACUGGCACCUGGUGCCUCUGCCAGUCUUGCGUUAGAAGAAGAAAACUAUAGACUUCAUAACAAAUUGGAGGCUGCAGAACAAGAUAAAAAGGCUAUGGAAUUAAAAAUCCAAAAGCUGGAAAAUGUAAUAAAUGAAGUAGGAAAAAACGUCCAAGAGAAGGAUGACAGGAUACACAAGUUACAAGAACAGAUAAGAAUGAAAACAGCUGCAAGUGAGCUCACUCAACUUCAGGCCACACUAAAUGAGACAGAGAAGUGCCUCAGAAGUGCCUUAACAGAGAAGCAGAGUCUCCAGGCAAAAUUAGAUAAAGGUUCAGAGUUGUACAAAGAAGAAAUUGAUAACCUCAAAACGCAGUUGGUAAACUAUGAAAUGGAAAGAAUGAAACAAUCCAACUCUUUUGAUAAGAAACUUGCUAAUUAUAAAGCUCUUGCGGAACACCAAGAAGAACAAUUGAGAAAACUAAAAGAAGAACUUAGAAGAGCACAACAAGAGCAAGAUGUUACAGUGGUCUUAGAAAAAGAAGCUCCUCGGCAAUCACAAAUACCCCUUACUUGUGGUGGUGGCAGUGGGAUUGUGCAAAGCACACAAAUGCUUGUUUUAAAAUCUGAACAAGCUAAACUACAGAAAGAAAACUUGCAGCUGAAGAAACAAAAUGACCUUCUGCUAAGUAAUGAGCUUCAGCUGAAAGAAGAACUUAGAAAAUGGAAAGAAAGAGCACUAAAACUGAAAGAACGAUCCUCAAGGGAAAUUACUCGAGAGACAGUACCGAGGUCUCCAAGGAAAACAGUGCCAUACUCUCUUAAAGAGCAAAUGCCUUCUCCUUCUAAGGAAUCCAUUUCUCAGGAAACUGUGACUCAGGACACAAAGUCUCUACCACUGACUUGUCCAACAAAUUUUUUUGAUAAUUCCAACUUAGGUACACUAACAGAUACACGACCUGCAGGAGUAGAGCCUACAGAGGAAUACCUUAAGCAUUGGUUUGGAACUUCAGAAAGAGAUAAAGCCCCAGAUUGUACCACCCAAUAA